CAGCACUUCCCCCUCUCCCUCAGCCUCUCUCUCUCUCUCUCUCUCGUUCUCUCUCUCUUCCUCGCUCCCUCUCUUUCUCUCCUCCCUCUGCCUUCCCCGUGCAUAAAGUCUCCGUCGCUCCUGGAACUUGUUGGCAAUGCCUAUUUUUCAGCUUUCCCCCGCGUUCUCUAAACUAACUAUUUAAAGGUCUGCGGUCGCAAAUGGUUUGACUAAACGUAGGAUGGGACUUAAGUUGAACGGCAGAUAUAUUUCACUGAUCCUCGCGGUGCAAAUAGCGUACCUGGUGCAGGCCGUGAGAGCAGCGGGCAAGUGCGAUGCAGUCUUUAAGGGCUUUUCGGACUGUUUGCUCAAGCUGGGCGACAGCAUGGCCAACUACCCGCAGGGCCUGGAUGACAAGACCAACAUCAAGACCGUGUGCACAUACUGGGAGGACUUCCACAGCUGCACGGUCACAGCCCUUACGGAUUGCCAGGAAGGGGCGAAAGAUAUGUGGGAUAAACUGAGAAAAGAAUCCAAAAAUCUCAACAUCCAAGGCAGCUUAUUCGAACUCUGCGGCAGCGGCAACGGGGCGGCGGGGUCCCUGCUCCCGGCGCUCCCCGUACUCCUGGUGUCUCUCUUGGCAGCUUUAGCGACCUGGCUUUCCUUCUGAGCGCGGGGCCGGCUUCCCCCGCGCGCCCACACACACUCACGCCAUGCUCCCGGAAAUCGAGAGGAAGAUCCAUUCGUUCUUUGGGGACGUUGUGAUUCUCUGUGAUGCUGACAACACUCAUAUAGGAUUGUGGGAAAUCCUGAUUCUCUUUUUGAUUUCGUUUGAUUUUUUUGUGUUUUAUUUGCCAAAUGUUACCGAUCAGUGAGCAAGCAAGCACAGCCAAACUCGGACCUCAGCUUCAGUCCGUCUUCCCACAGAAAUACGAAAACGGCAAACCCACCCCAUUUUUUUAAUUUUUGUUUUUUGGCACAAGAAUCUCAGGAACGGCCCUGGGCCACCUACUAUAUUAAUCAUGUUAAUACAUGACAAAUUAUGGGCUCCUCCUAAUAGGAAAGAGAGGAGAGGAGAAGGCCAGGGGAAUGAAUUGAAGAGAGAAGCAUCUCGUGAAUAAUUCACGCUCACGUCUUUCUAACACAGUAUCUUGUUUUGAUCAUUUCCACUGCACAUUUCUCCUCGAGAAAAGUGAAAGGACGGAUUGUUGGCCUUGUGUUUUAAGGCUAGGAGGGAGAGAGGAAAGGGGUUGAAGAAACCUCGGGUUAGAGGUACAGGCUGCCAGAAAAAACGCUGCUGAAAUCACUGAGAGGUUAAGCUUUACCUGCUCGUGUUGAUGCAUCUUUCCAAGUCCACUGCCUUGAUUUUCCCUCUUGUUUUAGCUGUUACACAUACAGUAAUACCUGAAUAUCCAAUGGUAUAGAUCACAAGGGUGGGGGGUGGAUGUUAAAUGUUAAUCUAAAAUAUAGUUAAAAAAAGAUUUUGACAUAAAAGAGCCUUGAUUUUAAAAAAAAGAGAGAGAUGUAAUUUAAAAUGUUUAUUAUAAAUUAAAUUCAGCAAAAAAAAAUUUGCUACAAAGUAUAGAGAAGUAUAAAAUAAAAGUUAUUGUUUGAAA